UACGAGAAAAGAGUGAGAGAGAGAGAGAGAGAGCGCGAGAGCGAGAGGGAUGGGGUUCUCGCGCAUUCGAGAGGCCUUGCUGGCGAUGAUCAUCGGCGCGGUCGCCGUCGCCGGCGAUUCUGAGUACUAUGGAGCGCAGCCACUGGCGAAGCUAUCGAUGCACAAGGCCUCCAUCGCCAUCGACGGCAAGGCGCAAGUGCGAGCCACGCCGGAACUCCUCGGCUUGAAGGGGGAGGAUAUUGAAUGGGUCAAAGUAGACUUACAGAAUGCCAAUCCAACUACGGAUGAUUGGAUUGGAGUAUUCUCUCCAUCAAAGUUCAAUUCUUCUACAUGCCCUGAGGUUGUUGGUGAUAUCAAAGAUCAGCUUCCAUUAAUAUGCACUGCUCCAAUAAAGUAUCAGUUUGCGAAUUAUUCGAAUGCGGAUUAUGCAAAAACAGGCAAUGCAUCUUUGAUGCUUCAAUUGAUCAAUCAGAGAGCAGACUUCUCCUUUGCAUUGUUCUCAGGUGGAUUUCAAAAUCCCAAACUUGUUGCAGUUUCGAAUGCGGUCUCAUUUUCAAAUCCGAAGGCCCCUGUUUAUCCAAGGCUAGCACAGGGUAAAUCUUGGGAUGAAAUGACUAUAACGUGGACUAGUGGAUAUAACGAUAAUGAGGCUUUUCCUUUUGUUGAAUGGGGUCCCGAGGGAGGUCCACAAACACGCUCUUCAGCUGGGACACUAACUUUCAGUCGUAAUAGCAUGUGCGGCGCACCAGCACGUACAUUUGGAUGGAGGCAUCCUGGAUACAUUCACACAAGCUUCUUAAAAGAUUUGUGGCCAAAUGCAAUUUACACUUACAAACUUGGGCAUCAAUUAUUGGAUGGAACUUAUGUUUGGAGCAAGAAGUACUCUUUUAAGGCAUCACCAUAUCCUGGACAAGACUCAUUACAGAGAGUUAUCAUUUUUGGUGAUAUGGGAAAGGCGGAAAGAGACGGUAGCAAUGAGUAUAGCAAUUACCAACCGGGAUCAUUAAAUACCACAGACCAGCUUAUUAAAGAUUUGAACAACAUUGAUAUAGUUUUCCACAUUGGGGACAUAACGUAUGCGAAUGGUUAUAUUUCUCAGUGGGAUCAGUUUACAUCUCAAAUAGAGCCAAUUGCAUCAGCUGUUCCAUAUAUGAUCGCAAGCGGUAAUCAUGAACGUGACUGGCAUGGCACAGGAUCCUUCUAUGAUACUGACGACUCAGGCGGGGAAUGUGGUGUUCUAGCUGAAACGAUGUUCUAUGUACCUGCAGAAAACAGGGCCAAAUUUUGGUACUCAACAGAUUUUGGAAUGUUCAGGUUCUGCAUUGCAGAUACAGAACAUGACUGGAGGGAAGGCACAGAGCAGUAUAAAUUCAUCGAGCAUUGUCUCGCAACAGUUGAUAGACAAAAACAACCAUGGUUGAUAUUUGCUGCUCAUCGUGUUCUCGGUUACUCUUCUGGUUUUAAUUAUGCGUUAGAAGGAUCAUUUGCAGAGCCCAUGGGGAGGGAGAGCCUCCAGAAGCUUUGGCAAAAAUAUCGAGUGGAUCUCGCUUUCUACGGCCAUGUUCAUAACUAUGAGAGGUCUUGUCCCAUCUAUCAGAAUCAGUGUGUAAACAGCGAAAAAUCUCACUACUCAGGAACCAUGAACGGAACAAUCCAUGUUGUUGUUGGUGGUGGAGGCAGUCAUUUGUCUCCUUUCACUGAUUUGAAAACAUAUUGGAGUAUUUUCCAGGACUUUGAUUACGGUUUUGUUAAACUAACUGCUUUCAACCAUUCAUCACUUCUUUUUGAGUACAAGAAGAGCAGUGACGGCAAAGUUUAUGAUUCUUUCACCAUCUCCAGAGAUUACAGGGAUGUAUUGGCAUGUGUUCAUGAUAGUUGUUCUCCCACAACAUUAGCCAGUUGAAGUAUGUUUGGUUGGAGGGAUUUGGUUUGAAGAUGAGGCUUUAGAAUGGAUAUGGUUAUCCCACUUUUUUGACUUAAAAUUUGGUGUUUAAAGUUCUCUCUCAAAUAAGGUGUUAGCAUGAUAAAAGAAGACAAUGUUUUGUUAAAAGAUUUAUAUAUGUGUGUAUGUAUGCAUACAAACAUAUUACAUGAUAUUCAUAAAUUAAAUUUUAAUUUGAAUAA